AUGUCUUCAGCCGAACCAUUCCCUUCUCCCUCCCCAGCCUUGGAUUCUGAGGCGGAAACGCCACCCAACACCCUCGAGCUCACAUCUCUCCCGCAACUAUUCGCUAUACCCGAAUUCACUCUGACCACCACCGAGACCAUUGUCUUCAACAAUUCACUUUCAGGCCCCCUCGUUACGUCCACACAUGCUGCAUGGACCGAGCUCUCCUUGCCCGCCAUCAAGCUCCUCCAACCCGCCAUCGCACGCAACCUUCGUCGUCUCGAAAUCCUACUAUUCGAAGGCUCAUUUGAUCUGGAUUUACUCCCCCUUCCACAGUUGACACACUUCACAUCACGCACCGAUCUGAGGAAAACAGGGCUCGACUUGCUCCAGCUCUUUGGCAAAUUACUUGGCUGUGAGCGUCUCGUCUCUCUCGAGUUGUCACUCUGUGGUCUCGGGGUGAAUGCGGGCGAGGCUGAAAAAGGAGAACCAAAGACAAAGAUCGGCCCGGCGGGAUCUAUUGGAAGAAUGAGAUUUUGGUUCGCCGAGUUGAGAGAGCUCAAGCUGAUGACGGAUGACAUGGAGACAAUGGAAGCCAUCAUCUCGGCCUUCUCUUGUUCGAGGCUAGAGACGUUGAAGCUGGAAGUCGAGAGACCAGCACAGCCUCCUCCUAGCACGACAGAUCUCGCGAGCACCGAAAAGAACACGAACAACGGCAAUAAAACCAAAGAAGGCGAUCGUACUGGGAGGGGCCCAAAUAUUUCAAUCCCUGACUCGGGUUCUCUUCGUUCGGAUGACUUGGCUUCGUUGAAGCUUGGUCUAGGGAUCGAGAGGCUCAUACGUGGGUGCACGUCUACGUUAACAGAGCUCGAGACGAACCUGUGGCCUCGGCUUUGGCAUGAGGGGUAUUUUGCAGACUCUGCCCCUGCGAACGCGGUUAGACUGGCUGUGUAUGACUUGCAGGAUUUACGGUCGUUGACUCUAACGGGUGUGGACUGGAAGGAUGAGAAGAUGGUAUGGUUCUUGGAGGACCUGACGCUCGAGUUCGAGGAGGCGUCCGGGGAUGAAGGGUCGUAUGUGGUCCUGAAAAGUGGCAAUAACGUCAACCUCACCUCAAUCAGUCUCCGCGCACCACACAACCUCGAUCCCGAGCCCGAAACCAACACAAAGAAACGUAAAGCCUCACCGCCUGCAGAACCCCCUGUAUCCUUCGCCGACACGUUCACUGCCCUUGUAACGAUGCUCUCAUCUCGCUAUCCCCAAAUUUCUGAUGGUACUCAAGUUAAGCAUCCGACUGGCCAGUCAUUCGCACCGGAAGGAUUGAAGACAUUUGAGACGGGGGCUGCGGAACUGAGACUGAUGCGAGAGCAUGCGAUGGAAGAGUACAUGACGCUGAUAGAUAUGUGGGAGUCGGGUCUGGGUGGACUUGAUCUGCAGAGUGUUGCGGGAGUGGGUGCAAGGAUCUCAUACGGGUAA